AUGGCCACCCUGCUGGCUCUACUCGCCCUGGCCGUCCUGCUGGUCGUGCCCUUCUACAUCAUCUACAAACCACCUCCGUUUGUUAUCAACUACUUUGCGCGAAAAUGGCCCGACGUACUAUGGCAGGUCAAGACGGACCAGAAGAUCAUCGGGCUCACGAUUGAUGAUGCGCCAUCACAGCAUACGGCCGAUAUCCUCAACGUCUUGAAGGAGAACGAUGCACAUGCGACCUUUUUCCUCAUUGGAUCCCAGAUGAACGGUCGCGAGGAAGAUACGGGCGCCAUAAUUCAGUCCGGCAGCGAGCUGGGAAAUCACGGCAUGCACGACGAAGCUUCGCGGUCCCUCCCUAUGGAACAGUUGGAAUCGGACAUAUUCGAGGUCAGGCGGAAGAUCAAAAUUGCAUACGAGUACGAGGAUAAGCCCCUUGUGGCUGGGUAUUUCCGUCCGGGUUCCGGAUUCUUCAGCAACAAGAUGCGGAGGUUGGUCGACAAGCUGGGAUACAGGAUGGUUCUGGGCAGUGUUUACCCACACGAUGCCCAGAUCAGUUCUUGGCGGACGAAUGCCAACCACAUCUUGAGCAUGGCCCGUCCAGGAGCUAUCAUCAUAUGCCACGAUAGAAGGAGUUGGACCGUUCCCAUGCUGCGUAAGGUACUUCCGGAGCUGAGGAAACGGGGUUAUAGGAUCCUCAACCUCACGGAACUACUCAAGGAAGUCGAUCCAGACAAGUGA